AUGCUUGCUUCAACAUACAUCACCCUCGUGGCCAUCUACUCAGUGCAAGCAAUCAUUAUCAUUGCUGGAAACACGUUCACAAUCUUUGUAUUCUGGACUCAGAGAUCCAGCCUAAAACGAACUUAUCUUCUUUUGAUUAAUCUCGCAGUCGCCGAUUUACUUGUGGGGAUUACAGAACUUAUAGUCAUAGGAAGUGUAAAAUCUCAAGAUCUAGGCAAGGGCAUUUUAAUGUUGAGCCGAUCAAACUUCUCUGCAGCGGCUUUUACACUUUUCUUUUCGAGUACGUCCGUCUACUUUCUAGCGCUUGUCUCUCUGGAACGUGCUUUCGCCGUCUUACGGCCAAUCCGUCAUCGCAUCACAAAUCGUCGAGUUUACAUCUAUAGCAUCGUUAUUGUUUGGGUCAUCGCUAUCGUCUUUUUUGGUCUUAUUAUGUCAUCCCUUUAUUAUCCAGAAAUAAAUGGGGUAUAUGUUUUUGUCACUGGUAGGACAUCGCUUCUUAUUUCCAUCUUGGUAAUUUGUACAAGUUACCUUAGCAUAAGCGCUCGAUUGCGCGCACCCUCACCCGCCGUGAUAGACAAUCAUAAGCAGCGAUCAAGGGAGCACAAUUUACGGCUUUCAAAAACACUUUAUAUUGCAAUUGCUUCAUCGCUUGUGUUUUGA